UCAGGGCAGCUGGCCCGAGCAGGGUGCCUGUGUCACGGAGCUUUGUGCUACAGAUCAAACUCGCCAGAAUGACGCACCUCCAAUUUAAAGAUGCCUUCUGGUGCAAAGAAUUCACCCUUCACUCCGGAUACGAAGCGCUGCUGCAGCGUCUGCUGGAUGGAAGGAAAAUGUGCAAAGAUGUGGAAGACUUGAUCAAGCAAAGGGCCCAAGCAGAAGAACGCUAUGGGAAGGAGCUGGUGCAGAUCGCUCGGAAAGCAGGAGGCCAAACAGAAAUCAACACUCUGAAGACUUCGUUUGAAAUCCUCAAACAACAAAUUGAAAGUGUGGGGAACUCUCACAUCCAGCUGGCCAUCAUGCUGAAGGAUGAACUCAAAGCCUUGGAAGAGUUCAGGGAAAGGCAGAAGGAGCAACGGAAGAAGUAUGAGAGCACAAUGGAACGAAUACACAAGAACAAACUCUUAAUGUUCAAGAAAACCAUGGAGUCCAAGAAGGCAUAUGAACAGAAAUGUAAAGAUGCUGAUGACGCUGAGCAGGCCUUCGAGAGGAUUAGUGCUGCUGGAAACCAGAAGCAAACAGAAAAGAGCCAGACCAAGGCAAAGCAGUCCAGAGAGGCAGCAAAUGAAGCAGAAAGAGUGUACAAACAGAACAUAGAAAUCCUAGACCAGACAAGGACUACUUGGGAGCAAGAACAUAUAAGCACUUGUGAGGCUUUCCAGCUUCAGGAAUGUGAUCGGAUCACCAUCCUACGGAAUUCUCUCUGGGUUCAUUGCAAUCAAUUCUCCACGCAGUGCGUGAAAGAUGAUGAGCUUUAUGAAGAGGUUCGCGUAAGCCUGGAAAACUGCAACAUAGACGCCGACAUGGAUUUCUUCGUUCAGAAUAAGACGACGGGAACAGAAGCACCAGCUGCCAUCGGCUACGAGAACUAUUACGAGAAAACCUGGCCUGUGAAAAGCUCCAGCAGCCCGACUCAGAGCUGUGGGAUGAUGAAAAGGUUCUCCGACUUGUUGCACGGCAGCACUCGAAACCCUUCAGACAACAGCAUUUCCACAAUAACCCCAGCUGCUGAGAAGGCAGACGGUGUCUACGCGGCAAUUCACACAGCCGAGUUGGAAAACCCGGCCAUGGACCAGGAGUACCGAGUUCUCUAUGACUACACAGCCCAGAAUGAGGAUGAACUGGACAUCCGAGCAGGUGAUAUUGUAGCCAUAAUUGAAGCUGGUGAAGACGGCUGGUGGACUGUAGAACAGAACGGGCAGCAAGGAUUUGUGCCUGGCUCCUAUUUGGAAAAACUUUGAUGGGAGGAAGACUUCUGAGGGCUACAUUUUUAAUUUUUCCCAGCUAGAAACUUUUAAAAACUCAGUUUUACUCUUUGCAUGUGGCAGACAGAGAGACACAAUUAUACUCUUUACUUUAGGAUAGACAACAUCCUAUCUUUUUUUUUUAAAGGACAACUAUCAAAUACAUCGGGACAUCCAAACUUGUACUAUUUUUCUCAGCCUAAAAAUGUAUGACACCAAAGGUUCUGGCUGUUUGUCUACGGGCACAUCAAGGCCCCGUCUGCUCCCAUCAAUGUAUUGGCAGAACCCUGACCA